GCACCCCUGCGGCGACGGCGACGGCUCGGCCCCGGUCCCGGCGCGCGCCCUCAACGGGAUCCUCGCCGCGCUCGCCCGCGCCCCGCCUUCCGCCGCCUGCGGUGACGCCCCCGCCCUCGCCAUCGAGCUCUUCAAGCGGAUGGACCGAUGGGCCUGCCCCCGCCACUCUCCUCCCACCAUCCACACCUACAACAUCCUCAUCGACUGCUACCGCCGCGUGCACCGCCCCGACCUAGGGCUCGCCAUCGUCGGCCGCUUGCUCAAGAACGGCCUGGGGCCGGAUGAUUUCUCGUACUCGCUCAUCUACGGUUUCGUUAAGGAUGGGGAGGUGGACAAAGCUCACUGCUUGUUCCUUGAGAUGAUGGAGCAGGGCGUAUUGCCGAAGAUACUGAUUUGUAACUCAAUUAUCAAAGAGCUUUGCAAGAUGAAGGAAAUGGACAAGGCCGAGAGCAUUGUGCAGAAGAUGGUCGAUUCGGGUAUUGCACCGGACUUGUUUACUUAUAGCUUGAUUAUUGACGGGCUGUGCAAGUCAAAGGCAAUGGACAAGGCUGAGAGGGUUUUGGAGCAGAUGGUUGAGGCUGGUACUCGACCUAACAGUAUAACAUACAAUAGCUUAAUCCAUGGAUAUUCCAUUUCGGGGAUGUGGAACGAAUCGGUUAGAGUGUUCAAACAAAUGUCAAGUUGUGGUGUCAUCCCGACUGUUGAUAAUUGCAACUCAUUCAUUCACGCUCUCUUCAAACACGGUAGAACCAACGAAGCAAAAUGUAUUUUUGACUCAAUGGUUCUGAAGGGCCCCAAACCUGAUAUUAUCUCCUACUCUACGAUGCUUCAUGGGUAUGCUACUGCUACUGACAGUUGUUUGGCUGAUGUGCAUAAUAUCUUCAAUUUGAUGCUAACUAAAGGUAUUGCACCCAACAAACAUGUUUUCAACAUACUGAUUAAUGCAUAUGCUCGUUGUGGGAUGAUGGAUAAGGCUAUGCUUAUAUUUGAAGACAUGCAGAACAAAGGAAUGAUCCCUGACACUGUCACAUUUGCAACCGUGAUAUCUUCUCUUUGCAGAAUUGGCAGGUUGGAUGAUGCUCUGCACAAAUUCAACCACAUGGUUGAUAUUGGUGUACCACCGAGUGAGGCUGUUUACGGCUGUCUGAUCCAGGGUUGUUGUAAUCAUGGUGAGUUGGUAAAAGCCAAGGAAUUGAUUUCUGAAAUGAUGAACAAGGAUAUUCCUCCUCCUGGUGUCAAGUAUUUCAGUUCAAUAAUAAACAACCUGUGCAAAGAGGGAAGGGUAGCAGAAGGGAAAGAUAUCAUGGACAUGAUGGUACAAACGGGGCAAAGGCCUAAUGUUGUUACUUUUAAUUCAUUGAUGGAGGGAUAUUGCUUAGUUGGUAAUAUGGAGGAGGCAUUUGCAUUACUUGAUGCUAUGGCAUCAAUUGGCAUUGAACCGAAUUGUUACAUAUAUGGUACGCUUGUUGAUGGCUAUUGUAAAAAUGGAAGGAUUGAUGAUGCAUUGACUGUAUUCAGAGACAUGUUGCACAAGGGAGUCAAGCCUACAAGUGUUUUAUAUAGCAUCAUUCUCCAUGGGUUAUUUCAGGCCAGGAGGACAACUGCUGCAAAGAAAAUGUUCCAUGAGAUGAUUGAAAGUGGAACAACCGUGAGCAUUCACACAUACGGUGUUGUGCUUGGGGGACUUUGUAGAAACAAUUGCACCGAUGAAGCAAAUAUGCUGUUGGAGAAAUUAUUUGCUAUGAAUGUAAAAUUUGAUAUUAUUACUUUCAAUAUUGUGAUUAGUGCAAUGUUCAAAGUUGGCAGAAGGCAAGAGGCUAAGGAAUUGUUUGAUGCAAUCUCUACUUAUGGGUUGGUGCCAAAUAUACAAACCUACAGCAUGAUGAUAACAAAUCUUAUAAAAGAAGAGUCAUACGAAGAGGCUGACAAUCUCUUUAUAUCAGUGGAGAAGAGUGGCCAUGCUUCUGACUCUCGUCUUCUUAAUCAUAUCGUCAGGAUGUUACUCAAUAAAGCUGAGGUUGCCAAGGCUAGUAAUUAUCUGUCUAUAAUUGGCGAGAAUAACCUCACUCUUGAAGCUUCAACUAUUUCUUUACUGGCUUCUCUCUUCUCAAGGGAAGUUGAUGUUAUUCUUGGCGAUCUUCUGCUUAUAAGCGACUACUUGAUUACUUUUGCUUGAAGGAUAUUAUCUUCAUUUCAGCACAAAAGGUCCUUUGAAGACUGAAUAUUGUUUAUUCUUCGACAAAUUUCCAACGACACUUUAUCAGUAGGAGGUUGUUGCAUAAUGGUCAGAUCAGCUAUAGUUUCGUUUGGACAAUACUCGAUCCUCAAAUGUUCAACUGGCUGAUCUGGUGAUCGCCUUUAUUUCAGACAGUUCAGAGCAGAGAAAGCCAUUUCCUAUGUUUCGUGGCUAUCUUUCUGGACCCUGAUUCAAAACAAUUACUUUUUUCAUAAGCAUAUCUUUGGCAGAUACAAUCCUAGCUAGCUAGUGAACUUCGUGAUAUGGAUGGGCUUAUUACUUUUGAUACAUUGAAGUCGUGUGGAAGCAGGAUUUUUGAACACGCUGAUAAAAUUUUUCACUAUCAGCAGACAAGAUGAAUGCCCAUCAAGUUAUACUUGCAUAAAGAAAUGGAAAAUUGAGUUGCUGCAUGCGAUGAGGUUCAGCGUUGUGUUUACGAUUCACUCAGGGAAAGGCUGGAGGUAGCGAAGAGGGAGAUUCGCCAUUGAGUUGAAGAUGGAAGUGCUUUCCCAUGAUUGCGGUAGGUAGAAGAAAUUAUUUUGCAGGUAGUGUUGGUGCUUUUGAUGUCUUAUUUUUGCAUAUCGUUCACAUUUUUCUCCUUCUUAAAUUCUCCUGAAACUUGUUAGAGCUGUGACAUUCAUCAUCUACGUUUUCAGUUCAGGCAAUGUUGCUUACUGCUUAGUUAAGGUAUAAGAAAUUAUCGAAGCCAACUUAUAUGGAGUGUGGACAGUUUCAUCGUUAUUUUAGAAAAACCAACUAAUAGUUUCAUCAUGGUUUGGAUAUUGUGCAUGUAGGUUUAGAUGCAAGAAACAUAAGUACUGCAGACCUGAAAAUCGAAGCGCUGACAACAUAGCUGCAAUAAUAAUUUCUCUAACUGGCUUGGGUUUGAGGUCUGAAUUAAUCAGCUGGUUUUGGUCACAAAAUGUGACAUGAAUAUUUCUGAACGUUGGUCAACUUACAAUUACAUCUGUCCAAGGCUCACAUUCUGUUCUCUCUUUCAGAAUUGCACUUGUGACCAUAUAAAUCUGCAUGGAUAGGGAUCACUACCUGUUUAUGAUUCUCUUUCCCUUUUUGUACUGAAAUUUUCCAGGGAUGAUUAAGGGCCUGUUUGGCACAGCUCCAGCUCCAGCUCCGGCCCUCCUGGAGCUGGAGCUCAGCCAAACAGUUUCAGCUCCACCAAAACUGGGAGUGGAGCUGGGUGGAGCUCUCACACAAAAUGAACUAGAGUUGUGGAGCUGGGUUUAUGCAGCUCCACAACUCCACUCCAGACCCAACUCCUGAAACUAAAUUUAGGAGUUGGAGCUGUACCAAACAGGCCCUAACUGAUGUUGCUGUAACUGAAGCAAGACCUCAAUAGUUCUUCCAUGGACUAUUUCCAGGCCACUCCUCCAAGCAGCCACCAUGCAGCUGACAGCAAAAUCUGGCCUAUUCUUCGAUUCUUCAAUGAAUCAUCCAUCUUGUUCACAUAUAUUCUUGUUGAACAAACCUGAACAGCAUGACGAUGGCGGUAGUGGCGGCGACGGCGAAGCUUGUGCUGCUUCUGGCGGUGUUGUUGCAGUUCUCCGGCGUGCUCACGGCGGCGAGGACGCUGCCGGGGGAGGAGUGGCUGCUGCCGGAGGGCGGCGGCGUCGUACGGGCGGUGGUGGAGAUGCUCGUCGGCUCCAAGUCCGGCGGAGGCGGCGGUGGCACCCACUGCUGCUAGCUUAGCUCUAGCUCCUCUCAGUUUCCAAGAGCUAUAAAAAUUUAUUUAUUUAUUUGGAUGCACGAAAUGUGCAGCAAAGCUCAUCUGACGAGUUAGGGCGGAUGAUGGCAUGCAUCACUGUAAAUAUACACUCCCUCUGUCCCAAAAUAUAGCAGUUUUUAAAAAUGCUUACAUUUUAGGACGGAUGUAGUAUUCAAUUAGUUUAAUAUAAUUCCUUAAUCGAUCA